GUGAAACACUCGGUUUGCAGAUUGUUAUUUUGAUGCAACAGGUUAUUAGAAGGUGAUUUCGGGUGAGAGAGCAAGCGAGAGAUAGCGAGGCCUCGAGGUACUGAUGAUUACGACCAAUGCGAGCAGUGUUUCAACCGUUUCCUGACUCUGAUUGCUCUUUACAUUUUAGUGCGAAACUCAAAAAAGGGAGAGCAAAUAAAAUUCUUUGAGCAAAUGCAAAGAAAUAUAAAGUUUAAUGUAGUUGAAGAGAUAAUGUGAAUUGAUUUAUGAAUUAUAUACGACUGAUUCUGACUCUGUUGUCCACAGCUGCUUUACACUGUUACCUGUUUACAUAAGUAAACUGUUAUGAGAUUUUCAUGUUUAUAUAAUUUAAAACUUUUUUUUAAACAGCUUACAGAUGCAGAAAAGACAAACAAAAAAAAACACAUAGAGUGACUUGAUAUCAUCUAGGCUGCAAAAUGUUCACAAUCCUCCUGUAGAAAAAUAUAAUUUACAAAAACUGAUUAAGAAAGAAGAUAAACUCAUUAAUGGUCACAUGAUUAAUGUGACUACACAGACAUGUGUCUGUUAUUCUUUUGUUUAUCCACCAGGUGUCACUAAAGAUCCACUCAUUGCAGCAGGGUCACAGCUCGUGCUCCACUGUUACAACAGGUGGACCUGCAGUUAUAAUGGAUUAUGUUUUUAUUUUUAUUUAAGUCAAACUCAGGGAUCCUCAAAUACUGAACCAGAAAUGCAGAUAAUUUAGAUCCUCCAAGACUGACAGCAACUCACCGUCAGCUCUCAGACUCUGGGCAGCAAGUGGAUUAAAUGUCAUUAUACUACAACAUAAUCUCACUCCAUCACAAACUUUUAAUUAGAUUUAUUGCAGAGUCAGACUCAUUUAAUCUGGUUUAUUUCUUGUAGCAGUUGUAGGGUAUGUUUCAUGUAAAUAUUGUUUAUAUAUAAUUGUUGUGUUGUAUAAUGAAUUGGAAACCGAAAGUAAAAUUUCGAGGGGGAUUCCCGAUGAUAUUGUUUACAUGUCCUCUUCACCGUAUGCAAGUGAAAUCUUCAGGAAAUAUUUGUUGGAAUCAAAAAGCAACAACGAGCGAAACGUUUUGCAAGUAAAACUGAGAUGGCUGAGAGGAAGAGGAAGCGUCCUGCCCUCACAGGGCCUCACAGCUCCUCCCCUGUGAAGUCUGACAAGUCAUCUGAUCAGAAGAUCAGCCCCGGCACAGAGCAACCAAUCAGUUCACAGAUGAGAGCAGAUGGGUCCACGAGUCCCAGCAUUCUUUCCAUGAAGAGUGAUGGAUCCAUGUUCAUGCCAAUGAACUUUGGCAACGAGAACCCUGAACGUUCACAGAUGAGAGCCGAUGGGUCCAGGAGUCCCAGCAUUCUUUCCAUGAAGAGUGAUGGAUCCAUGUUCAUGCCAAUGAACUUUAGCAACGAGAACCCUGAACGCUCUGACUGGGACCAGUCUGAUUCACCAGCAGCCGAACCCCGCCUGAAGAAACCCAGACAAGAUCCUGAAUAUCAGAGAGAUGACACUGGGGACACACGUCUUUUGAAAGCAAAGAAGAAACUUAAAGAAGCAAUUAAAAAGAAAUGUACUUCAAUAUCUGAAGGUAAUGGUGACCAACAGAGUUUGCUGAACAAAAUCUACACAGAACUCUACAUCACCACUGGGGAGAGUGAAGGGCCACAAGCAGAGCAUGAGUUCGGACACCUCGAACGUAAAAAAACAGAAGCAUCUCCUGAAGGUACAGUCAGCCUCAGCGACAUCUUCAAACCUUUGCCUGGCCAAGAGAAACUCCACAGAACAGUCCUGACGAAGGGAAGUGCAGGCAUUGGAAAAUCAUUUUCUGUGCAGAAAUUCAUUCUUGACUGGGCCGAGGAGAAAGAAAACCAGGAUAUUGAUUUUGUUUUCUGUCUUGCUUUCAAAGAGAUGAAUUUGAGCACAGAUACAAAAAGCUUGGACAAGCUGCUGACUGAAUUCCACCCUGCACUCAACAGUUUGAACGGUUCAACUGAUUAUGUUAAAACCAAUGUUUUAGUGAUCCUGGACGGCCUGGAUGAAAGCAGACUUCAACUGGACUUUGAGAGCAAUAAGACUGUAACGUCUGUCAGUGAAGUUACAUCUCUGAGUAACCUCCUAUCAAACCUGAUCCAGGGUACCCUUCUUCCUAAUGCAAAACUCUGGAUAACUUCCCGUAAAGUAGCAGCCAAUCAGAUCCCUGCAAAGUAUGUCGACAUGGUGACAGAAAUAAGAGGUUUCAAUGAGUCACAAAAAGAGGAAUACUUCAGGAAGAGAUUUAGUGAUGACUUGACUCUUGCUAAAAGAAUCAUUUCACAUAUCCAGUCUUCAGUGAGUCUCGACAUCAUGUGCCAGAUCCCGAUCUUCUGCUGGAUUUCUUCUGUGUUAUUCCAGGAUGUUUUCAGUGGAGAUGGCAAAGCUGAAACUCCUCAAACUCUGACAGAGAUGAUGGCACAUUUCCUUUUUGUUCAGACAAAACGUAGAAGCAGAAAAUAUGACCAGAAGAAGACUAAGAAAAAAGAAGAGAAUCUUCUGAAGACACACAGAGAAUUUCUCCUGAAACUCGGCAAACUGGCAUUUGUUCAUCUGCAGAAGAACAACCUCAUCUUCUAUGAGGAAGACCUGGAAAACUGUGGCAUCGAUAUUAACGAAGCAUCUAUCCACUCUGGAUUUUGCACCACAGUUCUUAGGGAAGAAGAAAUCUUUUCUCAGAGAAGGGUUUUCUCUUUUGUUCAUCUGACCAUACAGGAGUUCUUUGCAGCUCUCUAUGUCUAUGACUGUUUCACAAACAAGAAUACAACAGAGCUCAGCAACUUCCUUGAUGUGAAAGACAAAGAACAUACUUUACUUGAUCUUCUAAAGAUGACAGUUGAGAAAGUGUUAGAAAAGAAGAAUGGCCACCUGGUCUACUUCUUACGAAUGCUCUUUGGCCUUGUGGUUGAAACAAACCGGAGAGUCCUUCAGGGUCUGCUGACGUCACCGGACCCAAGCCAAGAUACUGAAAAGAAAAUCUUGACUUACCUCAAAUCCAUCCGAAGAAAGACCCUCUCUCCAGACAACUGCAUCAGCCUCUUCCAGACCAUGGUUGAGAUGAGAGACCAGAAAGUCAAAGAUGAGAUUCAGGAAUAUCUGAUGUUGAAAGAUCGUUCAAAAACUGAGCUGACUCCUAUGCACUGCUCUGCACUGGCCUACAUGCUGCAGGUAUCGAAGAAGGAUGUGGAUAUUUUGGACUUGAAGACUUACAACACAUCAGAUGAGGGCAGAAGGAGGCUGAUACCAGCAGUGAAGAGCAGCAGAAAGGCAAUACUAGCAGACUGCAAAGUGACCAAAGAGUGGGUUGAACACCUGGCGUUAGAUCUCAAGUUCCCCAACACACCUCUACGAGAGCUGGACCUGAGCAACAAUGACCUGAAAGACGAAGGAGUGAAGCUUCUCUGUGAUGGACUGUCGAGUCAAUGCUGCAAACUGGAGAUACUGAGGUUGUCAGGUUGCAUGGUCACUGAGACAGCCUGUGGUUUUCUGGCCUCAGCUUUGAAAUCCAACCCCUCCCAUCUCAGGGAACUGGAUCUCAGCUACAACCAUCCAGGAGACUCUGGAGUGAAGCUUCUCCUUGAGCUGAAGGAUGAUCCACAAUACAAGCUCAGCAUACUCAAUGUUGAACAUGGUGGAAAACGCCGGAUGAUACCAGGAUUCAAGAAAUAUGCUUGUGAGCUCACUUUGGAUCCCAACACAGCCCACAAGAACCUCCGUAUCUCUGACAGGAACAGAAAGGUGACCUGGGUGGAAGAGGAGCAGUCGUAUCCAGAUCAUCCAGAGAGGUUUGAUCAGUGGCCACAAGUGCUGUUUGAGCAGGGUUUAAAUGAGCGCUGCUACUGGGAGUUCGAUGUGUUGAAGCCCUUCAACAUUGGGGUGACAUACAGAAGCAUUGAGAGGAAAGGGGAUGUGAAUGAUUGCAAGCUGGGACGCAACAACAAGUCUUGGAGUCUUAAUUGCUAUAAUGCUGGUUGUUUUGUUCUGCACGGCAGCGAGCGUAUCACUGUAUCUUCCCUCUCCUCACGCUCUAGUCGGGUGGGGCUGUAUCUGGAUUGGCCGGCUGGCACUCUGUCCUUUUACAGAGUUUCCUCCGACAGUCGGAUUCGCCUCCAUACCUUCAAAACAACAUUUGAUGAGCCCCUCUAUCCUGCUGUUGAACUCCGCACUCAUUCCUCUGCAUUACUUUGUAAGCUAACAUAAAGAAACUUUCACCGCACCACAUGACUGAUCUUAUGCGUAGAUUUGCAUAAGGUCGUGAAAUGUCCUAUACAAGCAAGGGACUACUUACUUGUUAUUCCCAAUAUUUUAAGCAAUCUAGACUUCACAUUUUAGAAACCACGCAGGGUUAACUGCUCCUAUCUUUUAGUAUGAAAAGACAAGUAUAAAGACUGAGAUAGUACUAUUUGGGAGCAAAGACAGAAGGUUGCAACUUAGUGCUUACCUGGAGUCUAGAGCAUUAAAACCUAUGUUAAAAAUCAAGGAUGGAGAUUUUAGUUUCACUGACCACAUCAAAGCUAUAACUAAAUUUGCAUUUUGGCGUCUCAAAAACAUAGCUAGUGUCGGACACUUUUUGUUGAACCAAGACUUAGGUCUGGGCUAUAAAUAUAAAUGUAAAUAUAUUUCUUACCUGUUCAAUCGAAACCUUACAUGUCUGUAAGAUCUAAACAGGGUGAAAUGGCUUUCAGCCAGAAUGCUGCCUACAGCUGGAACCAGCUCCCAAUGGAGAUCAAAUCAGACUAAACUGUAAAUGGCUUCAAUACUCCACUGCCUUCAUCGAAUCUUGUGCUUUAAUGAGAUACUACCUAUUUUAUGAUCUGUUUUCAUACCGUUUUCUUAUUAUACUUUUUACUUUAUUUUUUAUCCUUCUUUUAUUUCCGUGUACCUUAUUGAAUAGCCUCUGUGUAUGAUAAUGUGCUAUACACAAAUUUGUCUUGCCCUAUCAGUCAUAUACUCAAUUUGUAUAACAAGGAAAAUGGAGGGUAUUAUAUCAUUUAUAUACAGUGUCAGUUCUGGAAGUCAAACAUGUGGCCUGGCAACUCCAGAUGCCAUUAUUUCCCAUAAAAAGUCUAAACUCAUAGAUGUAUUUGCACUGCAAGAAACUCCUGAUAUCUGAUUUGCUGUGUGAGAUUUAAGUUGUAGACUUAAACCUUUAAACAUAUGUGCAUGUAUUUGCAACUAUCAUUAUACAGGUUUUACAAGUUUUACCAGUUUCACUGUUUUGAUCAUCAUGUCAUGUUUUUUCUAACUAUACUGAUGUAAAUGGGUAACAAGUGUUUUUUUUUAUUCUUUCAGUUAAGUCAGUGGCAGUUCUUCUUUUAAUAAUGUUUAAACAUCUGCCACACAGAACUUAGUUUUUGCUAAAGUAUAGUAUGUAUCUAACAAACAGGAGCACACCACAUAGCUCUGACUGGGUCUUCUCAGUGGGAAAACGAAGAGCUAUGUUUCAUGUUAUCGACUGUUCAAGCCAGUCAACAAUUGAUUACGCUCCUCUGCUCUCUCUUAAUCACACGUAGAGCUGAUCUUUGUAAUAACCUCAUGAAUUUAUAGCUUUACACACACACACACACACACACACACACACACACAAUUUUUGCCUAUGAAUGAUGUUUGAAAGGAUGUUUUCUGUCUUUCCAUCUUUAUUAAUUAACCAUUUAAUUCACUGUGCAGCUCAGAGGUUACGGCAGCUACUGGACACUUUUAAGGUGGAAUAUUUUCCUGCGUGUUACUCAAAGCAUGAUUGACAUUUGGAAAUCAAUCACUGCACCUUAAAUGUCAUUAUAACAUUUUUGACCAUUUUGGAUCGCAUAUUCAAGCACUUUUAUAAACUGCUGAUAUUUUAUUUCAUAGCUGGGAGAAACAAAGUUGUGGAGCGUUGUUCUGGAGCGCUCUGGCAGCACUACACCUAUGCUUAUCGCACAAAGCAGUACAGCUGCUCUUUUUUCAUCUAUUGUUUCAAAUUCUCCACACUAUCAACUUACAGUAAAGAACUCACAUAUAUCCACAUGAAUAAAUGUCUUGUAUGUAGAGUAGAAAACAAAUGUACAUUAUAGAGCUAGAGUAUUUGUGCUAAAUGCUAACAUCAGAAUGCUAGCAUGCUCACGACAGUGCUUAAAUGAUAUUUAGUAGGUAUUAUGUUUACUGAGUCUUAGUAUGCCAAUAUUUGCUAAUUAGCACUAUACACAGAGUACUGCUGAGGGAAAUGUAAUGACAAUCCUCCCUAUAGUUGAGACGUUUAGCUAAAUACCAAACUGUCAAUCUCAUGGUGGCGCUCAGAGGAUCACCAAAUUCAGUAGUACUGUGGAGACGGCAGCCGUUUGAACUCAAUUUCCUGGCAAUCAUUUCAAUAGUAUUUGAGUUAUUUCAGUCUGAACCACAGUGGUGGACUGAGCGACAUAUUAAAGUGACAGUUAGCGUUAUUUGACUUGGGAUUGAUAGAGGUAGUUAGCUCUAUAGUCAGUGUAUUACCUGUAGUAGAUUCGGAUCGUCGUGAUGCCAGUUUAGAGGAGCAGCUAACCGGGAGCUGUGGCAGAGAAGCUGAGUGAUGUGCUGCUGCGGACAGGGACAACAAAAAAAACUUACUUUAGCCACUUGAAAACAUACCCACAGAAAAAAAAGCUGAUAUCAGUGUAAGUGCAGACUUUAUUUUGAAUAUUUUCACCGCUGUAUAUUACCAUCAAACAGCUCUUUACUUUAGAACUACUUUUUUUCCAACCGUUGAAUUACUGCAUUCCUACAGUGACGUACAGUGUCAGUGAUCGCCCUCAGCUCAGGCGCGCUUGUGCGCAUUAAUACGGUAGUUCAACGGUUCACAAACUGUAGCUCCAUAGUAAAGUGCUGUUUGACGGCAAGAUAAAAUUAUGAAAAUAUUAAAAGUACAGCAUCCACUUAUAUUAGCUUUUUUGUGGGUGUAUUUUUAAGUGUACGCCAUAAUUUUUUUAAUAUUUGCACUGCUUUAUCUUGCCGUCAUACAUUACAAUACAUGUCACCUGAACCACAUUAGCAGCAAAGUGUAAAUGUGUAAUAUGCUGUGUGUGUGUGUAAAAGUCUUGAUAUUUGUAGUACACUGCGCUAAUGCUUAUUGUGAAUUACUAGCAAUUGCAUUUAUAUUCGUUUUUGGCAGUUUUUACGCCAUAGAUAGAAUUAAUGUUUGUGGUUGUUGUAUCUUUAUGUAUUUUUACCCCCUUUAUGUUAGCAUAUUACAGCUUGUUAAAGUGUGUGAUGUAAUCAGUAUUUUAAGUAUUUUAAUCUGUUGAAGAAAAUGAGGAGCUGUGUCCCAGUUCAGAGGUCACAUCCUUCGGAGGAUGCAGCCUUUGUCUCGAAGUCUGAACCGAAAUGAGACGGUGUGGCCCACAGAGGAUUUUUCCUUUGCGUCACCAGGUGUGCCCUCCAUUACCGUUGCGUUGCAAAGCCGGCUCCUGUCACCUAGCAACCAUGACAACAUUUAACUUUAUUUCCCCCAAAAACUUAAAAUUUAAAAGUGUAAUCACCAGGCUGUCUGUCGGUGUUGUUUGCUGCCAUAUUAUUUUCAUUAGCGAUGCGGAAUUAAUCUUGGGAUAUGUUGGGCCACGAAGCAGCCUUGUCGCGCCGCUGUGACGCAGUCGGUGAAUGCUUCCUCCGAAGGAUGCAGCCGCUGAAUUGGGACGCAGCUAAGGUGUUUUCUGAAAGCUGCAGUAAAAGGUUUCACAUUAGCCUCACAAAGCCAGCCCAAAUUUAAUAUAGAAGCGGUUUAAACAUUUCACAAACAAACAAUUAAUGUCCUUUCAAGAAUCCACUGGACUGGACUUUAAUUAAAUUUCCACAUAUGCCAUUAAAUUGAUUUUGAGAAUGAAUUUUAGGGGAGAAAUAAAUCAUGCAGGUUCAAGAAUCAUCUUAAAAGCUCUAUAUGAGUUAUGAUCUGACUGUUUGAGGUUCUCUCUCAGGAGUGGAAUAAAACCGUUUUUGCGGUGAGGUGACUCGUUCUGUUUGAUUGGAAAUUAUCUGUAAAGCAGUUGAAUGCCAAAUGUGGUGGGAAAGCUCAGUCUGUCAAGUGGAAAAAUGCUUUAUAACUGUAUUAUGUUUUGAAAUCUGUUUGUAGUGGUUGUCCAUUCUGAAACUGUUUUGCUACAGGAAUGAUGGAGGUACCUCACUUUAAAUCACUUUUAUUCCCCUGAACAUUCAUCCAGAGAGAAUCAUUGAGCUCCAAAGUUUGUCUGGUUUCUUUGAGGCUAAUUCUUACUGGAGUGGGUGAAAGAUGUUUGUGUAUAAGCUUUUUUAUAUCUAAAAAUAUUAAAACAUCAACAAAUAAAAAACA